AUGUCGGCUCCAUCGCUCCCGUCAAAUGUCCACGUGUCGAGCCACCCGUGUCUGCGGGCCAAGCUCAGCCUGUUGCGGUCAAAGCAGACACACGCCCGCGAGGUCAAGGGACUAAUCACCGAGAUCGCCACCAUUGUCGGCGUCGAGGCCUUUGCCUCUGUCUUGACCACCGUCGACGGCCCCAGCGACGAGACCCCGAUUGGUUUCGGCUACACCACCACGACCAUUGAGCCGGCGCACUUUUCCUUGGUGCCCAUUCUGCGGUCGGGCUUGGGCAUGGUUGAAGCCAUCCAAACGCUCCUCCCAUCGCCCGUCCCCGUGCACCACCUAGGCCUGUACCGCGAGCCGUCGACGCUCGAGCCCGUCGAGUACUACAACAACCUGCCGCAGCACCGCGGCAGCGCCGUCGCCGACUUGGCCAUCAUCCUCGACCCCGUCAUUGCCACCGGCGGUACCUGCGCCGCUGCCAUCCAGACCCUGCGCGAGUGGGGCGUCAAGCGCAUCGUCGUUCUCAGCGUCAUUGGCGCCGCCGACGGUGUUACCCGGGCCGCUUCGGAGUGGCCCGAGGGUGUCGAUAUCUUUGUUGCUGGUGUCGAUGCCGAGUUGACCCCCGACGGCAUGCUCAAGCCCGGCGUUGGUGAUGUGGGUGAUCGGUUGUUCUUGACUAUUGGCAAAUAA